AUGGUUCAAGCCGUAUCUCUAGAGUCGUCCGGACCAGGCAACGGACACUUCAACGGCACCUCGAACGGACAGAGCAAUAUGGCCUCAGAAUCGCCCGUACCCGUCCUAUCGACCCAACCAACAUCAGAGACCAACUUCGCCAUUACACUCAAAGACAAAGUCGUUGCCAUCACAGGAGCCAACCGCGGUAUUGGUCUCGGCAUAGCGGAAGUCUGCCUUGCCAAUAAUGCCGCCUGCGUCUACAGUCUCGACCUCAGCGAACCUUCCGAGGACUUUGCACAACUAUCCAAGCGCCAUCCCGGUAAAUUCAAGUUCCUGCAGAUGGACGUCACGAACGAGGAAUCUGUCAAGAAAGCAGUCGAUAGUAUCGUCGAUGCCGAGGGUGCCAUCCACGGUAUGGUGUGCAAUGCAGGCAUGACCAAACAUCAGCCCGCACUGGACUUCAGCAUGGCUCAAGUCGAGCAACUCUUCCGUCUAAACGUCUUUGGAGUCUGGACCUGUGCCACGGCUGCCGCACGCAAAUUCAUCGAGCUCGGAGUGAAAGGAUCAAUCGUCUUCACAGCAUCCAUGACAUCCUACCGACCGAACCGCGCCGCCCCUUCAGCUCCCUACGGUGGCACGAAAGCCGCUGUACGGAAUAUGGCGCACACUCUCGCUAUGGAAUGGGCACCUCACGGCAUCCGCGUCAACUCCAUCUCGCCUGGUUUCGUGCGGACGGCGAUGACGUAUUUCGUUGAUCAGACGCCUGAUUGGGAUCUGAAGAUGAAGUAUUAUGGUGGAAUGCCGCGGUUGGCAUUGCCGCAAGAGUUGGGAGGUGCGUAUGUGUAUUUGCUGAGCGAGACGGCGAGUUAUACUACCGGGAUUGAUAUUCCUAUUGCUGGGAUUGUUGGGGCGUGGUAG